AUGUCCGCGCCACCUCUGAAAGUCCUCAUCUCCGGUGCAGGCAUCGCCGGCCCAUGCUUCGCAUACUGGCUCGCCCGGACGCGGCUACGUACAUCCAUCACGAUUGUCGAACGCUCGCCCACGCCGAGAGUCACUGGCCAGGCGAUCGACAUCCAUGGCCCGGCCAUCGAGGUAGUCAAGCGCAUGAAGUUACUCGAAGCCAUCCGCGCGCGCUACACCACCGAGGAAGGCACCUUGUUCUUGAACCACGCAGGGAAACCCGUCGUGCAGUUCGACGCCGGCGAGACGUUCACGGCCGAGUACGAGAUCCUGCGGGCCGACCUGUCGGAACUCUUCCUGGAGGCCACCAAGCCGUUCGACAAUAUCCGGUACAAGUACGGCGAUUCUAUCGCGUCUCUCAACCAGAUCGACGACGAUACUUGCGUCAGAGUGAAGUUCGCUAGUGGGGAGGAAGACACCUUUGAUAUGGUUGUCGCGGCGGAUGGAUCCACGUCGAGGACGCGGCCGAUGAUCAUGACUCCGCAAUCACUUAAGCGUCAAUAUGACGGUGGGAAACCCCACACAGAGUCCGAGAUGAGCAAGCACAAGGAAGACGACACCAACACGGACUUUGACAAGACCAAGGCCUCGUUCAACUUCCUAGGCAUGUACACGGCGUUUUUCAGCAUCCCGAGACGGCCGGACGAUUCGAGGAUGUGGCAGAUCUACAGCCUGCGAAAGGGCCUCUGCGUCAUGAUCCGCCCGCACAGAAAUCCGGCCACCAUGGGCGCGUACCUGUCCAUCACGAUGCCGGACCGAGGGCUCCGUGAGCCUGGCAUCGACGCCGCCAUGGACAAGGGCGUGGAUGCGACCAAGAAAAUGCUGCACGAUUACUUCGACGAUGCCGGCUGGGAGACAAAGCGGGUGCUGGAGGGCAUGGACCACGCAGACGACUUCUACAUGUCCGGAGCCGUGCAGGUCAGGCUUCCGAAAUGGACCAACAGGCGGGGUGUGUUGCUCGGAGACGCGGCCUGGGCGACCUUUGGUGCCGGGACCACGCUGGCCAUUGGGGGCGCCUACAUUCUCGCUGGGGAACUGUCAAAGAUCCAGAGCACGAAGGAUGUACCCCGUGCACUGGAGAGAUAUGAAGAGGUCUUCCGCCCGAUUUACGCGAAAAUGGAUGAUUUGAUCCCGGGGUUUCCUCAGGUCAUGUUCCCGCAGACUGCUUGGGGUAUUGGCAUCCGGGACUCGGUCUUGUGGUUUCUGAGCAAGACGAAGGUGUACAAACUGCUUGCGAUGGGGCCAGGGGUACAUUGGAAUCUGCCAUCUUACGAAUGGGUCGAUACCGAGAAGCCAUGA